AUGGUGACUAUCACCAGCUUGUUGCGUGACAAGAAAAUAAAAAACAAUAAUAACGAACAAUCGUUAAGUUCACUCGACGGGAAUCUCUCUUCUCAUUUCGUGUGGAUUGUUUGGAAGAUGCGUCGUACAAUGCUCAAGAAUUCUUGCAAAUUUUUUCUACUAGAGUUCAAUAAAGACGACGAAUUUGUUUCGCAAUUUUUCGAUUUUGUUGGCAAACCGUUCUCCAAAUGCGACAACGGUGAAUAUCAACAGCUUGUCGUGUUGCAAGAGAAUGAAGGAAAGCACGUUAGGUGGUAA